UUUUUUCUCUUCGCGGUGGAAGCACGUAUGUAUAAAGAAAUUACGUAAUUUAUAUAUUUUUAUUAAAAAAAAAUACUUCCAAUAUACACAGAAAGAAGAGGUGGCAGUGGCGAUUAUUGUCAAACCCCUGACAAUGAACUAGGGUUAUGUCGAGAGGUCCGCUUUUGUACACAAAUGUUGGACAUUGUAAAAAAACUCCCUUAUCCUAUACCACCUCAUAUUCGUGCAAAACUAAAAGCGUAUGAGUGCAAUAUUACGGGCAAAAAAAAAACUAUUUGUUGCCCACAAAAUCCUAUUGAUUACAACAAACUUGUAAAUACUGGUAGCUCAAGCGAUGAUGUUAUGUUGCCUGAUGUUAGCAAUCACAAAAAUGUUAAACUUUUACACAAAAAUUGCGGUCAUUUGGACUCUGUUGACAAAAUAGUCAAUGGUAACAAAACUGGACUUUUCGAAUUUCCUUGGAUGGCUCUCUUAUCAUAUCAAACUGAUAAUGGACCUUCUUUCCUAUGUGGAGGCACCAUAAUCAAUGAAAAAUAUAUUUUAACAGCAGCGCAUUGCGUUACAAAUAUUAAGCAUAAAUUAAUUGGAGUACGAGUUGGGGAACACGAUAUUCGUACAAAUACUGACUGUGAAGAGGAAGAAGGUGAAGAAAUUUGUGCUCCUCCUGUUCAGGAUUUAUCAAUCGAGAAAGUUAUUUUUCACGAACAAUAUAACCUCAGCACGCAUGCUAAUGACAUUGCUCUCAUUAGAGUGUCUCCAAUAAAUCUUACUUUAGAGAAUAGUAGACCGGUUUGUUUACCUUUGGACGAAGCCCGAGAUUUCAACUUUACAAAUAAAAACGUAGUAGUGACUGGGUGGGGAUAUACCGAAAAAGGAGUCCCCAGUCCUGAUCUACGGAAAGCCGAACUUCCCAUGGUACCGUUUCAAGAAUGUCAAGAGGAAUUUAAAAGGUCUGUCCAACUGAAUAAAGGUCAGAUUUGUGCUGGGGGCAAAACAAAAAGCGAUUCAUGUAGCGGUGACAGUGGAGGACCUCUUCAUGCUUUCUCUUUCUUAUACGGCCAGCCAAGAUUUGUUCAGCAAGGGAUAGUGUCUUUUGGUCCUAUAGACUGUGGCAAUGUUCCAUUUCCAGGUGUUUACACCAGAGUUGCCUACUACAUGGACUGGAUUUUGGAUAACCUUAAAUACAAAAAAAUUGAAAAGUGUCUUUCAGUUUCUGAAUCCUUACAACAGAAAAACAGAGUGCAAGUAAAAUGCCCCGAAAAGCACGUCUGUGUCCCUCUUUCACACUGCAAAGUUCGAGAUGCCGAUACUUUCAUCUACCCUUGCCACAGCGGUCUCAACAUGAUAUGUUGCCCUCUUGGUUCACACGACGUUAACAGUACUGCUUUGAAAAAUAGAAAAACAUCUUUGUUUCCGGUAACUUGUGGUCUUGUCAUGAUCUCAGAUAAGGUCAGUGGUGGCAAAAUUGCGGAUUUGGGUCAAUUUCCUUGGAUGGCUUUGCUAGGCUAUCGACAAAAGGGACUCAACUAUACCCAAUUUUUGUGCGCCGGCAGCAUUAUAACAGAUCGUUAUGUUUUGACCGCUGCCCAUUGCAUAAAUCUAGAUCGAAGAUUAGAAUUAGUGUUGGUUCGAUUAGGUGAACACGAUCUCUUGGCCCAAAAAGAUUGUUUCACGGUUAACAAUUACACGACUUGUGCUCCAUCUCAUGUAGAUUUCACCAUCCAAGAAGUAGCAGUUCACAAACAAUACAACACAGAAAAUAUUCAAAACGAUAUUGCUUUGAUUAAAGUGAGAGGCCAAAUCAGGUUUACAGAAUACGUUAAACCGAUUUGCUUACCCUUUGAAAAACACCUUGAACUUAAAGAUUUAGUCACACAAAAACUCACUAUAAGUGGUUGGGGCAAGACCAAUGCCGCCAAUUUGGGCGGCUCUACAACGCUACAGUACACUUCUGUGUCAGUUUGGAAUCACACAGCGUGCAUGAACAGUGUCCCUCCGGAAGUACAACCGAUUCAAGACACCCAAAUUUGCGCAAACGGACCAGCAAAAGAAGAUGCGUGCAAGGGGGACAGUGGAGGACCUCUAGUAAACGCAACUACUGACACAGGAGGAGAUUUACGCUAUUUUCAGCUUGGCAUCGUCUCUUUUGCUUCAAGUCUAACUUGUGGGGACCCAAACCUACCAACUGUGUAUACAAGAGUGGACAAGUACUUGCAGUGGAUAGAAGAAAACGUUUCUUAAAUUAAGACUGAGUUAUAUUUGUUUCGUGUUGGGAUUAAUAAAUUAAUUUAAUUUGAAUGGUUGUCUUCGCUGCUGAUGCUGUCACACUUUUCUUUUUCUUCCUGAAUGCUUUCUUUUGAAUUCAAUGAAUCUAAAUCUUGUUUUAAGUCGUCGUCGAGUAAAUCCUGGAUUGC